CCAACCAAUGCCGACCUCAAUUCUAUCUAUUUCGUCUACUCCUGUUCCUCAUCCCUCUCAUGCUACUACCUCCUCUGCUUCUUCUCCAUCCUCUUCAAUCAUUGGAGUCCAAUCUCUUUGUUUCUUCCCCAGAAACUUAUAUAUCAAAAUACCCCUCUCCAUGAACAAACGAAUCAGCUUAACCGUCAGAUCAGUAGUAGCCAUCGAGAAAGAGACGCCACAGAAUGAACGCCCGGAUACAUUUCUCCGUGAAUCCGAUGGUCCAUCGUCUUCCAUUAGGGCUCGCUUCGAGAAAAUGAUCAGAAAUGCUCAAGAUAGCAUCUGUGCGGCCGUGGAGGCGGCUGAUGGAGGCGGAAAGUUCAAGGAGGAUGUGUGGUCGAGAGCCGGCGGUGGUGGUGGUAUCAGCAGAGUAUUGCAGGACGGUGGCGUGUGGGAGAAAGCUGGUGUUAAUGUCUCUGUUGUGUAUGGAAUGAUGCCCCCGGAAGCUUAUAGAGCUGCCAAGGGUGAGAAUUUCACGGAGAAGCCUGGCCCUGUACCGUUCUUUGCGGCCGGAAUCAGCUCGGUUUUGCACCCUAAGAACCCUUUUGCACCAACUUUACACUUCAACUAUCGGUACUUUGAAACAGAUGCUCCAAAAGAUGCUCCUGGAGCACCAAGACAGUGGUGGUUUGGUGGAGGCACGGAUUUGACUCCUGCUUAUAUCUUUGAGGAGGAUGUCAAACACUUUCAUAGGGUUCAAAAAAAUACUUGUGAUAAAUUUGAUCCAAGUUUCUACCCCAGAUUCAAGAAAUGGUGCGAUGAUUAUUUCUUUAUUAAGCACCGAGGUGAAAGACGUGGGCUUGGAGGAAUAUUUUUUGAUGAUCUUAAUGACUAUGAUCAAGAGAUGCUUCUUGCCUUUGCAUCUGAAUGUGCAAAUUCUGUAGCAGCUGCAUACAUACCAAUUAUUGAGCGACGGAAGGAUAUGCCAUUUACAGAUCGGCACAAGGAAUGGCAGCAAUUACGAAGAGGACGCUAUGUGGAAUUCAAUUUGGUUUAUGAUCGUGGUACAACAUUUGGACUAAAGACAGGUGGCCGUAUUGAGAGUAUCCUUGUUUCUCUCCCACUCACAGCGCGAUGGGAAUAUGACCAUCAACCAGAAGAGGGUAGUGAAGAAUGGAAACUAUUAGAUGCCUGCAUCAAUCCAAAGGAAUGGAUCUAACCAAAGUAUAUAACUGUUUCAUUUUGGGCGGUUGACAUACUUCUGUUUUGUACCUAUGUUGAGAAGCCAGCUUUAGUAAUCGCUUGAUUUUUCUGGAUAUAAUUAGCUGAUCAAAGAGAGGAUUUGUAAUUUACUGAUAGAGUAGAGAAAAUUGUCAUGAAUAAAUUGUGGAGACGGGGCUAAAAGUUCUUGUUUA